AUGGACGUGGAAAAGAAAGACGCGGAAGUGAGUGUGGAUGAUAUAUUAGAAAUAUUGGGACCGUUCGGUAAAUUCAACAUUUACAAUUACAUGUUGAUCUUGUUCCCUGUUUUCUUGUCUGGUGUGUAUUCUUCAGUUUACAACUUUGAAGCCAUGGAUGUGAAGUACAGAUGUGCGGUCCCUGAAUGCGACAACGAGACGGCAGUCUCUAAUUUCACAAUCCCGCAUUACGAAGACGGUACGUACGCGAAGUGCGUUCGCCACGCGCCAUUCCCCAACGUCAGCUAUUUCGUCAACAACAGCAUAGGAAGGUGUUCACCUGAAUACUUCGACACUUCCACUGAGAUCGGGUGCGAGUCUUACGUCUAUAUGGAAGAGCACUCCAUUGUUAAAGAGUUCAACAUCGCCUGCCAGGAUUGGAAACGAUCGCUCGUGGGAACCGUCCACAACGCCGGCUUCUUCAUAUCCAUACCGCUCACCGGGCUUAUAUCCGACAAGUUUGGUCGCCGACUCGCGCUUAUAUUCGCAUGCGUCACCAGCGGCAUCUUCGGCAUGAUCAGAGCUUUCUCCUUAAACUACAAUAUGUUCAUUGUCCUAGAGUUUUUGGAACCUGCUUUCGGAGGUGGCAUUUAUACAGCCUGUUUUGUAUUAGCUCUCGAACUAGUGGGACCAAAAGGCCGAGUCUUCAUUAGCCUGCUGUUCAACACAAUGUUUAUCCUUGGCGGAGUCACCGUCACUUUACUGUUUUGGUGGCUACAAAACUGGAGAUAUGUCCUUCUUAUCAUUUACACACCCGCUAUCUUCGUGUUUGUCUAUAUGUGGAUGCUCACGGAGAGCUUCAGAUGGUUUUUCAGCAAGGGGCGAUAUGAAGAAGGUCUGAACGUGCUGAGCAAAUCGGAAAAGUUGAAUAAUGUCACAGUGCCCAAAGACCACUACGACCAAGUAGAAAAGCAUGCAAUGAGACAAAGGGACGCAAAGAAAUUCGAGAAUCGACAAACGAAUCAGUCUUCUUUAAAACAAAUUUUGGCAUCAGCAAUGAUAUGGAAAAGAAUCUUCAUUUGCUCUUUUCUCUGGACGUCUUCCACAUUAGUAUACUAUGGCCUUUCUAUUAACGCUAUUGAAUUAUCUGGGAACAAAUAUUUGAACUACAUUGUUGUUCUCCUUAUAGAGGCACCUGCCAACGUAUGCAAAUUAAUUUUCUUGGACAGGUUUGGAAGAAAAAGAGUCAUUGCUGUCGCUUUUAUUUUAACUGGACUGAUUUUAAUCAAUUAUGGAUUCAUUCCAGAUGGCAGUUGGUCAACAGUCUUCUACCUCGGUGGCAAGUUUUUUAUAACUCUCGCGUAUAACUCGCUAUAUGUGUUUGCGGCGGAGGUGUUCCCUACAGACUACAGAACCUCGCUGUUGGCCGUCUGUUCCACUAUAGGAAAGAUUGGAUCGACUUUGGCUCCACAAACUCCAUUAUUGGCAAGAUUUUACCUAUAUCUACCAACAGUACUUUUCGGUAGCAUGGCUGCUAUAUCCGGUUUCUUAGUGCUAACGUUACCUGAAACGAACAAUCAAAAACUGCCGGACUCUUUGAAGGAAGCUCAAGAGCAAGACAAGAGGAGGGAAGGGAAAGGUUAUUCAGAAGAAAAAUGUACGAGGACAAAUACUAAGUUAUAA